AUGGAUCUCUCCCUAUAUUCCGGCUACGACGGUGGUAGAGCACUGUCCAAUCCAGAACCAUCAUCAGGCUCCAUGCCACACGCCCUACCGGUAUGUUUCUCACCUUCUGUGGCACCCGACAUGGGUUCCUCAUUCUCUCUCCUUGACUGGCUAGGCUUAGCAAUGCCUCGCGCGGACAUUCGCAGCGCGCAGCGGCUUUCUCCACGCCGAUGCCAUUCGACGUACUCGACUGCCUGGAAUCACGGAUAUUCAGUGCCGGCGCGGAAGGAAACCCUUCUACGGACCUCUGCAGUCUCACAUGCGCUGCUGGACACCUCUCCAACGCGUUGCUGGAUACCUCCCCCACGCGUUGUUGGACACCUCAAACGCGCUGCUGGACAUGCUCAAACGCGCUGCUGGACAUGCUCAAACGCGCUGCUGGACAUGCUCACAAGUGUUCGGGGCAACAAUCUAGACGAUUGCACAGGGGGUGGUCAGCAAUCGAGCAUGAUGUCGGCCGUGCGGAGCCAGGCCGCGGUCAUUGCGGUAUGGUGA